AUGUUGACUGAGAACAACCGACUACAUUGGUACGGUCUGCCGGUGUCAACCUCGCAACCAAUAGAGAAUCGAGAUGUUCUCACGCAAGCAAAUUCUACGGAUGCUUUCCGUCCUUCACAGCAGGUUUCGAGCAGUAGAAACGUCGCUACAGAUUUGCAAGUUCAAACAACAUUUGAUUCAUUUCCUGCGGAUCAUCGAGACGCUUUCCAUCCUUCAUGUGAUCUCGCGAGCAGCAGCACAAACACUAAAGCUUUUCUGGUUCCGCCAUCAUUUGUUCCAGUUCCUGUAGUUUACGGUGAUGUUCUCAUGCAAGCUAAUUCUUCAGAUGCUUACCGUCCUUCACAGAAGCUUGUGAGCAGCAGCUUUGAGACUACAGACAAAAAUAAUGUUGUGCCGGAGGCGUCAAAUGAAUUGCACGAGCUUGCCGUAUAUACAUCAUCACUACGAAAAGAACCUAUCGGUGAUGAAAUAAUGAAUGAGGAGUCGGCAUCGAUUUCACCUCCACAAGAAAUUAGUGAUGACGUUAUUUUCGACCGUGUUGUUCUCCGACCGCAGAAUGUCCAUCCUCAUCAGCAGUCCGUGGAAUCUCGGAUCCAGCCACUCAAGAAAAGUAAUGUUGUGCCGGAAGCGUCAAAUGAAUUGUACGAACUAGCCACUUAUGCAUCAACGCUACCAACUGAACCUAACGGUGAUGCAAGUAUGGAUGAGGAGUCAGAAGAGGACCUAUUAAGAAUUCUUCAAGAAGCGUGCUUUGAGAACGGCAAAAACGAUGGUCUCCACAACAUCAACAUUUAUGAAGAAGUUGGAAGAUGUUGGGGUUUUAAGCAUAUCACUGAGUCUCAUACCGAGACCGCGGAACUUGUAGUUCGUUCUCAGGAACCUGCUCAGGAAAAAACUCAGUCGACUGACAUCAAUUCUGACGCCGUGAACUCGAAUAAGCAAGGUUCAACCACUACAAUUGUUCCUGAUAAAUUGAAUUCUGGUUCCAAUCGCUCACCAAUUGGAAAAGGAAGAAGAAGGAGACGAGCUCGUCAAACUAUUCAGUUUGAGGAAAUACCUAUUAUUUCGCAGCCAUCUGUUCCCCCAAAGCUUCCAGAAAGAAGAACCCGCCAACAAGUCGAGCGUUACGUAUCAGAAGACUGGAAAGCUAUUAGAGGGACUAUUCGACCCCGACGAAAUCGGAUUUCAAGGACUGAAGAACCAUCAGUUCCAUCGCUGCAUCAGAUAAACUCUUUUGAUGAGAACCAAGCUGUUGCCAGUCAUGUUCCACAGAAUGACUCUAUUGUUAGUCAUCUCGUUUCAGAGAACUCGGCGGUUUCGAAGAAAAACGGGGAUUUGCAACCCGAACAAGACCUAACUUUGGAGUCCUCUGAAGAUGGAACAGUUGAUGAUCCUCAACCAAUGGUUGCUCAUCCUGAACGUCCAGCCCCGAAAACUGGAAAGCAAUUGCAAGCAUUAAAACGGAGAAAUCGUUCAGUCGACAGCAACGGCAGCAAAGAUUUGAAAACAGUGCCAUUGAAGAAACGUCGAGAAAUUAUUGAUGAUGUCAAUCAAAACGAGAACGCCUUGCAAGCUUCGACGUUGAAUGCUUGCGAAGUGAUCAACUAA